AUGUCUGACGGUCAAUUCAGUGAUUAUGAAGACGAUAUAUCGACUAAAGUGAAAACAGUUCGAUUUUCAGAAGAACCAGAAAUAAGAAAAAUAAGUAGUGAAGAAGAAGAAGAACUUGAUUCAGAUGAUUAUUUUUAUGAUUCAGAUGGAGAAGAGCAAACAAAUAAGAGAAAGGAGAAUAUUAAUCCACAAAAUCCAACUACAAAAGUGAGUUCAUACCAACCGAGCGAGAAGCUAUUCAAAAGAUAUAUUCAUAAAAUAAAUGUCGACAAAUAUGAACCCACAUACAAUGAGAAAACUGAAAGGUUUAUGGAUCUUAAUGACAAGAAAACGGAUAACGAAAGAAUCAAAAUCAAAGAUAAACAUGACAGAGCAACGGUGGAACAAGUUAUGGACCCGCGAACAAAGAUGAUAAUUUUCAAGUUGCUAAACAGGGGAAUCAUUAAUGAAAUCAAUGGCUGUAUAUCGACUGGCAAAGAAGCUAAUGUUUACCAUGCCACCUCAAAAGACGGGAAGGAUUACGCGGUGAAAAUAUUUAAGACAUCUAUCUUAGUUUUUAAGGAUCGUGAUAAAUAUGUCUCCGGAGAAUAUAGAUUCAGGAAUGGUUACUGUAGAUCAAACCCACGCAAAAUGGUCAGGACAUGGGCUGAAAAGGAAAUGAGAAAUCUUGUUAGAUUAUACAAUGCUAAACUGAAUGUGCCCGAACCAAUAAUAUUAAGAAGUCAUGUAUUGGUGAUGUCUUUCAUGGGAGAGAAUGGCUGGCCGUCUCCUAAGUUGAAAGAUGUAGAGAUUUCACAAUCAACAGCUAGGUCGUUGUAUAGAGAUUGUAUUGUUAUGAUGUGGAAAAUGUUUAAUAUAUGCAAAUUAGUUCAUGCAGAUCUGUCUGAGUUUAAUCUUUUAUACCACAACGGUAAUGUAGUUGUUAUUGAUGUAUCACAAUCGGUGGAACACGAUCAUCCGCAUGCAUUUGAAUUCUUGAGGAAGGACUGCACUAAUAUAUCAGAUUUCUUUAGAAAAAGAGGUGUUGCAACUUUGACUGUGAAGGAAUUGUUUGAUUUCAUAACUGAUGCAUCUAUUAAUGAAAAUAAUCUUGAGGAGUGUCUUGAAAAACUGUCUGCGAAGGCUGCGUCGAGAAAUUUUGAGGAAUUGACGGCUCAAGAACAGAUUGAAGAGGAGGCCUUUAAGAAUGUGUACAUUCCAAAGAGACUUGAUGAGGUUAUAAAUUAUGAACGGGACAUAAACAAAGCAAAGAAAGGUGAAACAGAAGAUCUCAUAUACCAGAAGAUAGCUGGGUUCAAUGAAGAUUUCACCGGGACGGUUGACAAGCCUCAGAUAUUACAAGACGAAGAUGUAUCAGGAUCUGAAUCAGGCAGCAGUGGUGAUGAUGAUGAUGGAGAUGAUGGAGAAAGAACAAAAUUUAAAAACAGCGCGCGGCCAAGAGAUGAAUCACCAAACAGCAAAAAGGCAAGAAAGAAGGCUGUUAAAGAAGAAAAAGCUGAAAAGAGAAAAACUAAAACAAAGAAACAUAUUAAAAAAAGAAGAGAUAAGGCAUCUGUUAAGAAAUAA